GGCCCCUAGCAGCGGGGGUUGUCGGGUGUUGUGUGCCCUUUGCUCACGGGCCCGCCGAGCACUACUGCUGUCCAAGGUCUCGGUUCUGCAGUCGUUAAUGUUUAAUUCGUUAAUGUUUAACCUCCCAGGGCAGGUUCCGCUCGUCACUGCGUGGCCCACCAAUCUUGUUCACUUUUAACAAGAAUCCGGUCUCCGCCCUGCACCUGUCGCCUCAGGGUGGCAGGCGGAGGGGUUUAAUAAGCUUUCCUGGCAUUGCUACACUAUAAAAUAUAAAAACCGCUCCAGAAUUUCUGCAGUCCCUUCCUUCCUAGAUAUUCAUCUCCUCAAGUCUGCAAUCGGGAGACUCCACAGCACUGAACAGCCACGCUCAGGCUGUUUUGGUGGUUCCUGGACCUGUGAGCACUCGCUCAGUCCAAGAACUGCAAACCGUGUUUACUAAAAGGUUAAAUACAGCCUGGACGGAAAAACGGUCGGAACUGGAAGAAUCUUAUAGAUGACAGCUGACGUUAUUUGCGCGUUUCCCACCGUCAGGCCCUGCUCUAAACCCUUGUGUAUUAAAGCUUUUAUUCUUCGUCACACCCCUCUAUGUGGCAGGUACUAUCCUUCUGCCUUUCUUACAAACCAGGAAACUCGCACAGAGAGAGGAAGCAACUUAACCGGAAUCGCGCUGCUAGUAAGAUGCGUAGUCAGGACUCAAACCUGCGCCCGGCUCACCUGAACACGGAUCGCUGAUGUCACCAGCUAAAAGCAAGGGCGUCACCCUACAGCUUUGCAUUCUGAUAAUGUGCAGACCAAGUCCCCAGAAGUAGGAAAGUACCUUAGUGCUAAGAGGAGUAACAACAUGGAUCUUAAUGACCCUGUACAAAAUCCUGAAAAGAAGGAAUAUUCUUCUGUCUGUGUUGGCAGAGUAGAUGACAUUAAAAAAUCUGAAAGAAUGGCAGCUGUUGUGCACAAUAGGGAAGUGGUCAUUUUCUACCAUAAAGGAGAAUAUCAUGCUAUGGAUAUUCGCUGUUACCAUUCAGGAGGACCUUUACAUUUAGGAGAAAUAGAGGAUUUUGAUGGACGAUCUUGUAUUGUUUGUCCCUGGCAUAGAUACAAAAUUACUUUGGCAACAGGAGAAGGACUCUAUCAGUCUAUAAACCCUAAAGAUCCAUCAGCAAAACCCAAGUGGUGCUCCAAAGGAAUAAAACAAAGGAUUCAUACAGUGACAGUGGACAAUGGAAAUAUUUAUGUGACUCUUUCUAAUGAACCUUUUAAGUGUGACUCUGAUUUCUAUGCCACUGGAGACUUCAAAGUAAUUCAGAGUUCUUUCUGAUAAAAAAUACAUGACAAUGAAAAAAUUGUGUCUGCUUUGAAACUUUUUAGAAUAACUAUGCUUCAAUACCAAAGAUAAUGAUUUUUUCCAACAUAAAUACAAUUAUUAUUUAUCUUUAAAAAUCAUAUAAAUCUAAGGAGUUUAUAUCCAUAUGUAUUUAGUAUGAUAUAAGGGUUAUCAUCAGGAUCUAUAGAAUUUAUUUCUUCAGAUCCUCUGCAUUGAUUGGAACCUGAAGGAAUGUUCAGUUUAAGAAGAAAGAAAAUAAUUUGGAAAGGAAAUUCAAGAAGAAAGAAAAUAAUUGGACUAUACACAAUGAAUAAAAGGUAAAAGGCAAGAUCUAGUAGGAAAAAUUUCUAAAUUAUCUGGGAAGAAUCCUUAUUUUGUAUAGCAUAUUCUAUUCUGGAAAAUUUUUAAAAUAUACAAAGUAAACAGUAUAGUAUAAUUACCCCCAUGUACACAUCACACAGCUUUAACAAUUAUCAGCAUUGUUCCAUUUUUGUUUCAUUGUUACCUCCAUACAUUCUUCACUUCCUCUAUUUGAUUAUUUUUAGUUUUUUUAAAGGUGAACUAUAAAUACGUUGAAAUGCUCUAAUCUUAAUUGUGUAAUUUUUACUUAUAGCAGACUUUGAAACUGAAAAGUUCCCUCUAAAAAUGGGAUCAAUUUAUAUGCUGCAGUUAAAAAUUAAAAACUUACCAAGGCAAAAAGCCAAGUAGACCUUGGCUCAGUUUCUCUUCAGUGAAGGGAGACAGGAACCCACACACAGCUGCUGCCAAACCAUGAGAGCCAAAGUGCUUUAAAUGCAUGUGUGCACAACUAAACAUUUCACGUAAAUGUUAGAGAGAGAUGAGAUCUAGGGUUUUGUUUUCUCAGGGCCCCUUCUGCUGAGUUCACAGGCAGUGUUGAUGACCCUGGUUUUACCAUGCCUGUUAUUUAUGGCCAGUGCUGUUCUGGUUGCCUGGUGCCCACACCAUACUAGAUAAAUAUUCAGAAUGACACUCUGAGUACUGGUCAUGUGGUACUCAACAGCACAGUAGAAUAAGAGCUGAGGAGUAAGUGGGACCAGAAAGGUCUGGGGUAAAUAUUAUGACUCCAGAGUGGAGGUGGGCUGUUAAGAUUGAAAUUUACUCUUAAAGCAUGGUAAUUUUAGUGGGACACAGGAUUGAAUUAAGGCUCCAAACCUGAUACUUGAUCAUUCUGAGGGGCCCACCUGGAAUCUUUCCCUUGGUUAUUGUAAAAGCAGUAAGUGAAUAAGGUAUGCAUUAGUUAAGACUUUGCUUAACCAAUUGUUACAUCUCAUUACAAUUCCUUUUCUGUUGACAUAUGAGUAGCAUGAGGGAUUGCAACAUGUGCUACUCAUUUCUCAGACUACUAUAUACUAUUAUUCUCAGUAUAAAUACUGUUUAUGGCAGCAGCUGCUCACUAGGUACAGAAAAUAUACCAUCCUGGGAUCUCAGGGGCUAACCCUUCAGUGACGGUCAGGUCUUAACAUAUCUUCAUAAUUUAAAGUGCAUAGAAGAAACCAUAGGACCUCCUCCAGCAAAAACUGUGGUCCUAGUUUGCAGAGCCAUGCAUUUCUCAGGAUCCAGUGGCAACAAUGCAUAAUAUGGACUGGAUUUCUGGUCCUAAAUUGAUUUCUCUAAAUCUGGAAAUAAAAAAUGUCAUGUCUUGUCCUUGUAAACAAAAAUCUUCUAAUCAGAUUUGUACAUAGUAUUUUUUCCAUGCAUGUCUUUAUUACUCAUCUAACUACACACUGGAUAAACGGGUGUCAGUCACAAGGUUUUUACAAUCACACAGUC